CGCCGGAAGUGAAUGGAAACAACAGAUGCCAUCAAUUAGAUUGCACAUUUGGCAUUGUUUGCUAGUAACAGUAGUAACUUUCCCGCCACAUUUAUUUAAAGAUUUAAGAAUUUGUCAUUUUAAGAUUUCCUUUCGUUAUGAAAAAAACAUUGAUUUUUCCUGUGCCCGCACUAGCAGCGCCAUUUAAGAAUGAUCUUAGAAGCUUUAUUUUGAGAUUACCUCCCGAUUAUUUCCGUAGUUUGCCGUUUCGUUUUUUGGGGUACGGUUUCGCCGUCGGGCACGCUCUCAAUUACCAAAACUGGUGCAAAGAAUCAGAACCUUUCUACAUCAUGGGCUGGACUUACUUCAUAGGGCACUCACUGUAUAAAUUCUAUCAAGUUAUGGGGCCCUUCUUGGAAGAUGAACUUGGAGUUGUGCCUAGACCAGAAUCUCGUUACUGCAACGUUGUGCUCUACGAUACCCUCAUAUGGGACUUAUUGGCCUCAUUUCUAGCACCUACAGCCAUCGCUUACUGGCUUUGCUGGGCGACAGACUGUAUCUUAAAUGUCUUCAUGGAAGAAGACAGAGACUCAAUGAUCCGCAAGUGGCUUCCUUUGCUGGUCAGCCUUGUGACCCUGCCUCUACUGUCUCAUCAAAUUGACAGCACCGUUGACCUCUUCAUGACUUCGAUAAUUCGGCCACUCUAUGAAAACUAUGAGAACAUAGUCUACUCCAUGGUCCACGGGUCACACUGACCGAAGUUUGACUCACUGGGUUUCCCAUCUUGCGCCAAGCGUUACCAAAAACAGGAAGGUGAAUUAACUCGAACUGGACUUCAAAGCUAGAGACAUUGUUCUAAGCAGCCGCUGCUAAUCUGUAGACUUGAGUGUGGAAAAUUAAAAUAAAUAUUUCUUAAACUAU